UGUAUUAUAUAAACCAAUAAAUUUCCAUUUCGUAUUUCUCAACUUGUAGUUCUCACUUGCUCUCAGCUCCCAAAAAAGCAACACAUCACAUUUUUGGGUGCUCUCCUCAGAAAUUAGUUAAAAGGCAAAAUCCGAAACCGAAACCAAAACAGAAUGGUGGUGUUCUGUUUUCUGGUGGAUCAGAAGAGGCAAGUGCGGCGGAGCAAGCCGGCAGCAGGGAUAUGCUCACGGUGCGGCGGAGGAGCGAGUGUUGCCGACAUGAAGACGGCUACAAGAUUUUGUUACGUCCCAUUUUAUUGGAAAUCUUGGAGAGCCAUCAUAUGUACUUUUUGUGGAGCCAUUCUUCGAUCUUAUCGAUAGUUUGCUAGUCAUGCAGGUUUACUUUACUAUGAAUGACUGAUUCAAUUUCUAUCUCUCAUUAUUAGUUUAACAAGUGUAAGAGUGCACAUAAACGCCUUACACAUUGCGUCCGAUUCUCUCACCUGAAUAUGUUUUUUUAUAAAAUCCCUAUGAAGUUUUUCUUUUUCUGUUUC